CCUGCUAAAGUCUGACCUUACAUGCGAAAGACAGUACUUCAUUUUUUUCCUUGCUUUGUAUAUUAAUACUUUUUUGUUAAAAAAACAAACAAAAAAACAAACAAGAGCUCAUACUUGUAGAUGCAAGAGUUUUUUUUUUUUCCUUAAUGGAAUACUGCAAGACAAAAGGACUUCACCUGCAUUAUGGGUCGCAAUGCAGUUUAUGCAUUUCUCAUAGUACAACUUUCACACCUUACAUAGACAACUGGACAUUGGGAAAGCAGUUAGUUCAAGUUUACAGUGCUUGAGCCGCAAAACCACUUUUAUCCACUGUGUGUUUGGCUGGCCAUGCUAAUCUCGGUGGUGAAGGAGGCUAAGACGCCUCAUCUGCCACAUGGAGCCUGGUUCUUCUGGUUCCUCCUGGUCACCCUCAAUCUGCCUUGCAUGUGCAGGGAUGCGGUCUUCAAAGUCGGCGUGGUAGGACCAUGGUCUUGCGACCCUCUUUUUGCAAAGGCCAUGCCCAGAGUUGCAGCUCAGUUAGCGGUAGAGAGGGUAAACCGAGACCCCACACUGUCCCUGGGUACCACCUUCGACUAUGUAAUUCUGGAUGAAGACUGCCAGACCUCCAUGGCCUUGAAGGGCUUCAUGGGUUACUACACCCGAGCUUCAGCUUUCGUGGGUCCACUGAACCCCGGAUACUGUGAAGCUGCAUCCUUGCUUACUAAGAACUGGAAUAAGGCUCUAUUCUCCUGGGCUUGCGUGAACUAUGAACUGGAGAACACAUGGCGCUACCCCACCUUUGUCCGCACCAUGCCCUCCCCCGUAUGGGUCCUGCUGACCAUUUCCCGGCACUUUCGCUGGGCAAACAUGGCUAUUGUUGCGUCAGCUGAAGACAUGUGGGUAGACACGGCCAACAAGGUGGCUGAUGGCCUACGCAACCAUGGUUUUCCAGUUAGGAUGGUACUCUCUACUAGUAAUGACCCUGCAAGUGUACGUCACACCUUGGCCAAGAUCAGGAAGAUGGAAGACCUGCGCAUGGUGAUCCUCUGCAUGCAUUCUGUCUUGGUUGGUGGAAUAACGCAGAGGUUGGUGCUCGAGACGGCUUUGGACAUGCAUUUGGCAGGUGGCUCUGUGGUCUUCGUGCCCUACGACACACUUCUCUAUAGCCUGCCAUAUAAGAACGUCAACUACCCAGUCCUACACAGCAAUAGCAAGUUACGACGGGCCUACGAUGCAGUGCUUACAAUUAGCAUGGACUCAUCAGAGAAUUCUUUCUACAGAGCAUACCAAGAGGCAGUGAAGACUACCGGCCUACCUGAUUCUGUCAAGCCUUACCAGGUAUCUCCUCUUUUUGGCACCAUCUACACUUCCAUCAUAUUCAUAGCAAACACUUUGCAGAAUGUGCGAGACUCUGCGACCUGGCUCUCGGGGGCCGGCCUGGCUCGCAACACCGGUAAUAUGGUAUUCCAAGGUUUCAGUCAGAGGAUCCGCACCAAUGAUUCUGGAGCUAGCUUGAUCGAUUUUGUUGUUCUGGAUACAGACGGACACUCCUGGGAGCUGUAUCCUACUUACACUGUGGAUUUACAGGCAAACAUGGUUCGAUAUUUAGGCAGGCCAAUCCAUUUUCCCGGGGGAGCUCAGCCCAAAGCUGACUCUGGAUGCUGGUUUACAUCAGUUGGUGCUCUCUGUACUAGAGGUGUGGAGCCUCUGUUAUUGUUCCAAGUGUUCAUGUCUGCACUUUUAGUAACAUUCCUCAUUACUUGUCUCGGAUAUUUCAUUCGACGCCACUUCAUUCAAAGUCAAAAGGUCAAAGGUCCCGAUAAGGUCCUCUUAACUUUGGAUGAUGUCACUUUCAUCAUCCCUUCCCUUAGUCAUAAGAAGGUGAGCUUUGAUGACAGUAAAACUGAAGUCAGACACGUCUCAGGAGCAGACAGCAUAAUGAAGUCUACUAUAUCAGUCUCCAGUGCUAUCACACCCACUUAUGAAAACUCCAAUGUGGUCAUUUAUGAGGGUGACUGGGCUUGGUUGAAGAAACUUCCGUCUGGAAACUUUGGGGUUAUUAAUCCAAAGACCAAUGAUGUCUUUGAGUUGAUGAAGGACAUGCGUCAUGAAAACAUGAAUUCAUUCCUGGGGUGCGUCUAUGAUUGUGGAGUAUUUGCUCUAGUCACAGAGUUUUGUUCUCGUGGAAGUUUGGAGGACUUACUUCAAAGUGAAGAUGUCAAACUGGACUGGAUGUUCAAGUCAUCACUGCUUAUGGAUCUUAUCAAGGGCAUGAAGUACCUACAUCACAGGGAUGUGUGUCAUGGCCGACUCAAGUCCCGUAACUGUGUUGUGGAUGGACGCUUUGUGCUGAAGAUCACAGACUACUGCUACAAUCAGGUUUUGGACACCCAGAAAUUCCCAUCCAUGGAUCCCCCAGCGGAAGAGCUUCUUUGGACGGCUCCAGAAAUCUUGCGUGGUCCAAACCCCAUCCGGGGAGGUUCUCAAGAGGGUGAUGUGUACAGCUUCUCCAUCAUAGUUCAGGAGGUGGUGCUCAGAGGUCCUCCAUUCUACAUGCUCAAUCUUCCUGCACAUGAAAUCAUCCAGAAGAUUAAGAAUCCUCCUCCUCUGUGUCGACCUGUAGUCAGUCUUGAUCAUGCGCCCAUGGAGUGCAUUCAGUUGGUCAGACAGUGUUGGAAUGAGCAGCCAGAUAAACGACCCAACUUUGAUGACAUCUAUGAGCAGUUUAGGAACAUUAAUAAGGGAAAGAAGACUAACAUCAUAGACUCCAUGUUGCGCAUGUUGGAGCAGUAUUCCUCUAACCUGGAGGAGCUCAUCCGUGAGAGGACAGAAGAACUGGAAAUAGAGAAGCAGAAGACAGAGAAGCUGCUCACACAGAUGCUGCCACCGUCCGUUGCUGAAGCACUGAAGCUCGGCAGCACUGUCGAGCCAGAGUACUUUGAUGGUGUGACGUUGUACUUCAGUGACAUUGUGGGAUUCACCACAAUUUCUGCUAACAGUGAGCCAAUCGAGGUGGUUGACCUUCUCAAUGACCUGUACACCCUAUUUGAUGCUAUUAUUGGAAACCAUGAUGUUUAUAAGGUGGAGACGAUAGGAGAUGCAUACAUGGUUGCCUCUGGACUGCCUGUUCCUAAUGGCAACCGGCAUGCUGCAGAAAUAGCAAACAUGGCACUCGAUAUCCUCAGUGCUGUUGGCACCUUUAAGAUGAGACACAUGCCUGACGUACCGGUCCGUAUUCGCAUAGGCCUGCACACUGGUCCAUGUGUGGCUGGUGUGGUGGGCCUCACAAUGCCACGGUACUGUCUGUUUGGAGACACAGUGAACACAGCCUCCAGAAUGGAGUCCACUGGGAUGCCAUAUCGAAUUCAUGUCGGUCACAGCACUGUUAAGAUACUUCUGGAGCUCAAAGAGGGCUAUAAAGUCGAACUCCGUGGAAAAACUGAACUUAAGGGCAAAGGAAUGGAGGAGACUUACUGGCUAGUGGGCAAAGAGGGCUUCACCAAACCACUGCCGAUUCCACCAAACCUCAAGUCAGGACAAAUGGCGCACGGCCUGCAGAUGGAGGAAAUAGCCAGAUACAAGCAGAAGAAAGCUGAGGCACAGCUAGCCAUGAAGAACUGAGGCCAGAGGUGCACAAGGACUUCAAGAGGCUUCUGAAGAAGGUGGUAAGGAAGCUCUCGACUGCCCGACACGUGGCUCAGCUGUCUCUCAUUGAAUGCAACGAGGAAAAUGUCUUGAUCCACCAUCACUGAUGCGAGUACCACUGUGG